AUGAGGAGCCUGGCUUUUCUUGCUGUGCUCUUGGUAGUCAGCAUUGCUUCUGCUGCUGCUGCUGCCACUCCUCAGCACAAAGCUCGCAAGGGCUUUUCUCUUGAGGCUACAAAGAACUCGAAUUCCAAGCCCGAUUUCGUUCGAGAAUGGGUCGCAGCUCAUCAGAAAUGGGGCAAGGGUGUCUCCCCAGAGACUUUGUCUGCAUUCUCGCUUCUUGAUGACGAUGGUCGUGUCGAUGUGAAGCCCCUUGGGGCAGAUGAAAUCUACAUCGCCGACGUCAAAGUUGGAAAUCCGCCUCAGACUCUCAAGAUGGCCCUCGACACUGGCUCUGCAGACUUGUGGGUGCAAUCUACUGACACAAUCUAUCGAGCCAACCCUGAAGGUCCUUGGGCUCCUCGAUACAAGCCCAACUCUUCCAAGACAUCUCGCCGACUUCGCGAUGCCGAAUGGGAAGUCGAGUAUGUUGACGGAACUCAUGCUAAUGGCAUCGUCUACCUCGAUACCGUCCGCCUGGGAGAUUUUGAACUCAAUAAUACUGCCAUCCAGUCUGCCCAGAUCGUUGCUCCUCGCUUCGAGCGUGAAACUGAACUCACAGGCAUCUUGGGCCUUGCCAAGUCUCUUCCAAGCAACAUCGAUCCUCCGACUCCGUCUCUCCUUGAUAAACUUCGUCCUCUACUGGCUGAUCCGGUUUUUACUGUUGACAUGCGUCGAAAUGCGACAGGUCGCUUCGAUUUCGGUUACAUUGACGAGAGCCGUGCCAAGGACAACAUUUCAUGGAUGGCCACACGGGAGGAUAGCCCCCAUUGGGACAUCACAUUCGAUACAACAGCCUGGACCGGCCUUCGUCAAGUCUGGAUGGCUCACACCUUUGAGGCUACUAUCGACACGGGAACUACACUGCUCUUUUUGCCCGGGGAUCUGGCCAGUAUGUACUGGUACGACGUUCCAGACAUGCGUGUUGAUCCCCGUCUCGGCGACUCGUUCACGUUCCCUUGCAAGUUUUCCAACGAUCUUCCACACCUGAUGUUCAAGGUGCCAGGCACCGAGCACGUUCUGAGGAUUCCUGGGCCGUACCUCAGCUACAGCACAACCGACAACGAUUCGGACUACUGCUGGGGCGGUUUGCAGAGUGCAGAGAGCUUGGGUGUAACCAUCAUUGGCGAUAUUGCGCUCAAGGCCUUGUAUGUUGCAUUUGAUCUCGAGAACAACAAAGUCGGGUUUGCCAACAAGGAUCUCGAUGAUAUUGAUGAUUGGUAG